UAUAGUAUAAGUUGUCUUAUUGACAUUUAAAAAAUACAUGUCGCUAAUUAACGUAUUUGAUAAUAUUUUUAUCGUUUCAUCAAGCUAAACAAAUAUGAGAAGGUGUAGAAAACAGACAGAUUCUUUUACUUUUUUAAAAAGAAGUCCAUCUUUAGUAAAAAAGAUCUUACCAACACCCUCACAAUGUCGAACAGUACAGAAAAAGUUAAUAGGAGUCAAAAUGGAUACUACAAAAGAACCCAGUAUAUGCUCAAUAACACCCGGUGCCCCUUGUUGUAAUGAUCCUGAAUGUACGUGUCCCGAAAAGAUCCUUCUACAACAGUUGAGAUCAAGAAGUUCACCGCUGUUUUGUACUAUCGCCCAACAGGGCAUACCCGAUAUACAGAAGUCACCUUUUACCCCCGAUAUGCUUAUCACGGGUUUCGGCUUGAGAAAUCUAUCUUCGAUGCAACAAGCCCUAUUAGCACAGAGGAUGGGAGAUAAGGAAUCAGUUGAAGAAGAAUAUUAUGGAUCCAUCACCGAUUUUGAUAAGUCCACCUCUUCACAAACUGAAAUCACUUUGACUUCAAGCGCUUCUACCGUCGAAAUAGAACAGAAAAAGAAAAAGCUGGAGUAUUUCAUGGGCAUAACAGCCACAAUGGACGAGGCUGAAGAAGAAAAAGCAGAAGAGGAAGUUUCAAAAUAUGUUCAAUUUGAAGAGGUGCCUAGUGAAGAAAUAUUUACGGGUGACACAGAAUCCAUGCGUCAGGCCCAAAAAUAUUUGCGAGUUCAUAGAAUAUUUGAAUUUUUUCAAUUUUUAAUAGCUCAUUUGCUGAGUGCAAUUCCAGAUAAUCCAAUUGAGUUUUUGAUUGAGCUUUUGGAAAAGUGUUUAAUUUAUAGAUCAGGAAUCGGGGAGCCACCCUUACUUUACCGGAGACCUCACAUCGGUCAGCUAUUUUAUUUAAUGGAUAGGAUGGAAACGGGAUAUAUCAGUCUAACUCAAUACAGUACAGGAAUGAAAACUUUGGGAAUUUGUAAUUACAUGGCGAAUCCACCUUCAACAAAAGACGGAUUGGUGGCUAGAGAGUUUUUUAUCGAUGAGGCAUAUUCAAAAUUAACUGAACAAUUUAAUGACAUGGUGAAAAAGCAUUAUUUGAGAGGCCACCGUCCUUCCUUGUCCCAACCACCUCCAACACCUCAACCUACAUCCAAAACAUGGAGUGGUCCUCUCGAUUUUCUUUCAAGAGGUGCCGAAGAAGAAGGCGAUGAUAUGGACGAUGAAAAAAAGCUUAUCGAAUUUUGUAAAGCAAGAAGAAAGGAAACAAAGUAAAUUCAAAUUCGUUUUAUUUACUGCCAUCCGGACAAACAUUUACAUUUGUUUUUUAUCUAUUUAAAAAUAUAC